GCGCCCUCGGUGGUCCUCCACAACUUGGGCAAUCGCUAUCAAUAAUACCCACAAAAAUUUUACUCUCAAAGCCUUUCCUCCAGUCGCCAUGGAAAUAGAUAUAGUCAAAUCCUACAAAUUAAGAAGCUACGCACCUAAACUUUCAUUGCCUAUCCUAAAACCAACACCCCACCUUCACCGUUUUCCUCCUCCAAUCCACGCUUCCCUUCUGUACCUUUCCCCUUUCCCUCUCUGCUUUACUUUUAAGCCUUCCCUUCUUCUUAUUCUUCUUCCUUUUUGCUACUGCAAGGAUUUGUUCUUCAUUUCUACAGCUUUAGUCGUUUCUGGUUAUAAGUUUUUGUGGGCUGUUCUUGAAGUCUGCUUCUGGGCGGAGAUCGUGGAGGGUUUUCAGCAUGGACAACGAGUAUGACAAACUUAUCAGGAGGAUGAACCCACCUAGAGUUGUGAUUGACAAUAACGCUUGUAAGGAUGCUACAGUCAUCCAGGUUGACAGCAUGAACAAGCACGGGAUUCUCUUGAAAGUUGUGCAAGUCCUCAUGGAUAUGAACUUAGUAGUGACCAAAGCUUAUAUCUCCUCUGAUGGAGGUUGGUUCAUGGAUGUUUUUAAUGUUAUCACUUGUGAAGGAAACAAAAUCAGAGACCAAGAAGUGAUAAACGCCAUACAAAUGAGGCUUGAAGUUGAUGCGAGUUUUGUGCCAUCUUUGAGGGAAUCCGUCGGUGUGAUGCCCUCAGAAGAUCACACCUCGAUCGAGCUGUCUGGUAAUGACAGGCCUGGUUUAUUGUCUGAAGUUUGUGCUGUUCUUGCGGACCUUCACUGUAAUGUAGUAAAUGCUGACGUUUGGACACACAAUAAUAGGGCUGCAGCUGUAGUGCAUGUGACAGAUGAUGCCACUGGCGGAGCCAUCAAAGAUACACAGCGGCUCUUAACAAUCAAGGAGUUACUGUGCAAUGUUCUCAGAGGGAAUGGCGAGUUAAAGGAAGCCAAAAUGACCCUUUCUCCUCCUGGGGUCACCAGCACAGACAGAAGGCUGCAUCAGAUCAUGCAGACUGAUAGAGAUUAUGAAAGGGCUGGCCAAACAAGGCUUGAGGUUGAACACGAGAACUUGAGACCCCAUGUUACUGUCUUGGAUUGCACAGAGAAGGAUUACACUGUGAUUACUACCAGAUCUAGAGAUCGCCCUAAGCUGCUGUUUGAUGUCAUUUGCACUUUGACGGACAUGGAAUAUUUUGUCUUUCAUGGGAUGGUCAACACUGGGAGAAUGGAAGCUUAUCUGGAAUUUUACAUAAGACACAAGGAUGGGUUGCCGAUUAGCUCCGAAGCGGAAAGAGAUCGAGUAUUGAAUUGUCUUGAAGCAGCUAUUGAAAGAAGGGAGUCUGAGGGACUUAAACUAGAACUGUAUGCAGAAGACAGAGUUGGGCUCCUCUCAGAUAUCACAAGAGUAUUUAGGGAGAACAGCCUGUGUAUCAGGAGAGCAGAAAUAGCCACCAAACAUGGAAAAGCAAAGGACAUUUUCUAUGUUACAGACAUGACAGGAACCACCAUUGAUGCAAAGAUUGUUGAGUCCAUUCGAAAACAGAUCGGGGACGCCAUGUUGCAGGUGAAACACAGCUCGUGCCUCUCUGAAACGUCCCCAAAGGAGACAACAACAGGAGUCUUCUUGGGGAACUUCUUCAAGGCAAGAACAUUCCAAAAUUUCAAAUUGAUAAGAUCCUACUCUUGAAAGCAGCUGCUCUGCCCUUUGUGUGCAUAUUCUUUCACAAGUAAAAAAGAUGCACAGAUACACGAUUAAGUUCAAGGGACAAUGUAAAUGUAUAGGAACCCUUCCUUUUACCCUUACAAGUGAGAGGUUUGGAAUAACUAUAAACCCAGAAGAAGCCUACCUUCUUCUGUUGAAAGGCAAGUUUGAUUGGAUGUAUGUAUUUGUUGUCUUUUAAGAAAAUGAUGUGCACAGGACAGUGUAGUGUGAGGAAAAUGCUUAUUCUACAAAAAUUGUAGAAAAGACUGUAAAGCUGUAAUUAUUGGCCUCAAAUUCAAUGGAAAUAGAUGCACAAAAUUGCCUUCA